CCCCGCUCAUUCGUAAGACAAAAGGCUCUUUCAAUGAAACUGAUGCUAUAAAACUACUUUGCUUAAUGGAAUUAAGGUGAUACGUUAAUAACGUUCAUUACUGUGUUGAUUCACUCGCUAACUGCAACCAACAACCUAAGUAGACUGACUUACUGAUCAACUUGAAAUCCAACUCGGGUGAAAUUAUUUAAGAUUAUGGAAAGAAAAUCUUCUACAUUAGCCUGGCCUUUUUCUUACUUCUCCAACUCGUCUAUGACUCACAAUCACCUGCAAGAGGGUCCAGAUAGCAGUAUAGAACCUGGUUAUACCCUGUCUCUAGCUUCGGCUCCCCAUAUGGCAGCGGAUCGAUCUGGAAGCUUUCUUGCGCCUUGUUACUGGCCGCCACACUACUCCACGCCGUACGGAGUUGGCCAGCAUACUGCUAGUAACCAGCACGGGAAGAGAGGAGGGUCCACAAGUCCUUGUGACUGCACAACCUGCGUAACAAGCCCUUCCUUGGCUUACAAGCCUUUCUUGGUGACGCCUCAAGAUACCAGAAGAAAUGAACCUACAUCCACGACGUUGUACUCGCCAAGAGACACUCGCCAACCUCUACGAGCUGCGAGCAAUGAUCCUCAAAGCCUCAAACCCGCUACAGUUUCUCCAACUAUCUGUGUGCCUGAUAAAGAGAUUCAUACCAACGACAACAUAGCUUCGAACAUAGCUCCAGGACCAAGACGGGGAAGAACUGUUUUUACAGCCCAGCAACUUCAAGUCCUCGAGCGAGUCUUCUUGAACACUCAGUAUAUCGUUGGAUCACAAAGAAAAUUUCUCGCAAACCAGUUAAGGCUUAGCGAAACUCAAGUACGUGUUUGGUUCCAGAAUCGAAGAAUCAAGUGGAGAAAACAAAUGCUUACUCAUUCUAUUUAAAAUGUUUUAAAAAAAUCAUAGUUUGCAUAGUUUGCAUAUCGUUUGCAUUUCUUCUGCUAGCUGUAAAAAAAAAAAAACACAAAAAAA